AAAAGCUGUCACUUUUGGCACCUGAAAAUAAUAUAAACACUAAAAAUAUUUUAUUCAGCGAAAUUCAAUUUAAGUUAGGUAUUUCUAGUAAUGAGCAGCGAUGAAAAGGAUAGCGGAGAUGAGCUGUGGGAGAAAAUUCAGAAGGUGCGUAACAUUCACAAAGCGGAAGUCGAACAGGAAACCAAUCCCAGUCGGAAAAAGCUGAAGUCCUGGCUGAACAACACGUUCCGGAUAAAGAUGACCGAUGGGCGCAUACUGAUCGGAAUGUUCGUCUGUACCGAUGCCGAUGCGAAUGUGAUUCUGGGGCUAACCAGUGAAUUCACCGAGAAUGGUGGCGAGGAACGUGUGCUAGGACUUGUGAUGAUCCCUGGGCGGUAUAUAGUUUCGAUUGAAAUAGACGAAGCGAAUCUGGUCAACGCGAAUUAGUUAUUAAGUGAUUGUUGUAUCUAUCUGUACAAUGGUAUUUUAUUUGCUAUUUAUGAAAUGAAUCGAACGUAUUUGGCGUCAACGCUA